ACAGUAUGUGAGAGGGGAUCCACAACAGUUUGAUCUUGACACCCAGGUCAACAAGUCAGGUGAUCGACAACGUCACAGCAUGGAGAAUGUAUGUUGUCGCUGUUUCUGCUCCACUCGAGGUGGUUGCUUUGUCGUAGCUGUUGGGAGGCUGUGUGUGGACAUCAUCGACAUCUUGUUUAUGUAUCAGUGGAGGUUUCCGGAAACCUUACUGUAUGUGUUUAUCAAAUCAGUCUGUGCCGUGGACAUUGCUCUCUGCAUACUACUAAUCAUCGGCGCAACAUUCGAAAACCGACGGCUGGUGAUUUCUUGGGUGUGGUUUGCAUUAGUAGUCCUGGUGAUGCAGAUCGUGUUGAGUGCCAUCCUGAUCGUUGAGAAUAGGACAUACAUCCCACGCGGGCUGUUCUGGGUCCUCCUCUGCACGGCCGCCAACGUGUACAUGAUCCUCGUCGUCAGCUCCUACGGCUUUCUGAUGGGAGUUGAAGAGCGAAAAUGGCAGCAACUGAAUGAGUGGGUAGAAGCUGUUGGCAAGAGAAGGGGGCACAGGGACAUUGCCCUGGGGUGUGAAGAAGGUGCUCUCGAUACUGGAAGCACGCAGGAGCCUGUAAGACUGAAUGUCUUCCAAAAUGUUCAAGAAAUGGUUGAACACGUGAUUCUGUAAAAUCACUUGUGCACGAAGGUUCUCUUGUGCACGGAGUUUCUCUUGUGCACGGAGGUUUUUUGUGCACGGAGGUUCUCUUGUGCACGGAGGUUCACUUGCGCACGGAGGUUCUCUUGUGCACAGAAGUUCUCUUGUGCACGGAGGUUCUUUUGUGCACGGAGGUUCUUUUGUGUACGGAGGUUCACUUGUGCACGGAGGUUCUCUUGUGCACGGAGGUUCUCUUGUGCACGAAGGUUCUCUUGUGCACGAAUGUUUUUUGUGCAUGGAGGUUCUCUUGUGCAAGGAGGCUCACUUGUGCACGGAGGUUCAGUUGUGCGCGGAGGUUCAGUUGUGCGCGGAGGUUUUCUUGAGCUUGAAAAAUAGAUAAACCUGGAAGCUUACUACUGCAAGAGUUCACGCUCGAGUCUGUCCCUAAAUGUAUAUUAAAGAAAAAUAUACGAUCAGCUUGAGGAAACAAAUGAUCCUGGUUCCUGAACUCAAUGGGUUAGCUUCAGCCUGAUCCCAAGUAGGCUGUUUCUCAUUGUUUUGAAAUCUUACACCAUCUUGAUACUAGUUAUGAUCCCCACAAAGUUUUUUUUAUUCCAUAGAGGAAGUCACUCCUGGAGGUAGAGUUCUUACAGACGACGACCAAGAGGAGUCAAGGGGCAAUAAUAAUUAUAUUGAUCUCAUCUAAAGUUGAUGGUGAGGUCUUGGUGUAGAAGCGACCUGUGUAUCCCUCACUACCAUUAAAGAACAGAGCCACUACAAGCAACUGGUAAGCAAAAAUUUAUCUAGGAGCAUUUUUUUCAUGUUUGUCACGAAGGACCACGACUGGUGCGUGGUCAUCUAUCAGAGAUCUUGCAGUGUAUUGUCUUAAUGAUUUUAAUGUUGAUACGGGUGUAGAUUGUGUCACGCGCCUGAGCGCUCGGGAACUCUCAUGGCGUGAGGCAUAUGUUAACGCCUCCAUUCCACACAAGCUAUUAACUUGUUAAUUGGACUUAUUAUAUUAUUGUUGU